UUCGUUUGGCAGUCUCUUAAUGCAAGUUGUGUUGUAUUUCAGUUUUUUAAGCUCGAGACUAAAAUAAACUUUCAAACUUUUAUCAAAUAAUGGAUGAUACUUUUGUGAUAGUGAGCAUAAAUAUUCAUGUAAAUAUUUGAACUUGCUACGUCACACUAGCAUUCAAACUUUAAUGUUGAAACCUCUUUACAUAUCUAAUCUUCAUGUGCAUAGUUUAAUAUAGACACAUCUUAAAUCAUUAAAGUAGUGUCAUAUCAGUUAUAUGUAUGCUUCCGCAUAAGUUUAAGUAAACAGGUGUAUCCUGACCACUGAUAAAAAUUUUAACACGCGUAUUUAUAUUAACACAUGUGUCUAGCUUUGCGUUAAAGCUUAAACUGACAACAUCAAAAUGUCGUUCAACUUUGAGGAAUUUCUUAAAAAGUAUUACGUUCAUCCAGAAACAAUAGAUUUUUUCAAAGCGAGGCUAGCGGAUAAUGUACAGCCGUAUUACGAAGUAGGUGUAGAAGAAGCUAGGAAACAAAGCAUAGCUGCUGCCUUAAAAUACGGUGGAUCCAUUAACCUUGAAGGAACAGAAAAGGAAUUUAUCGUUCCAUCGCCGCAUUGUAAAGAUGGAAUUCCAGUAACUGUUUACAAACCCUCGUCUUGUGAACAAUUGGCAGCACCUGGCAUAGUCGUGUAUUACCACGGUGGAGGAAAUACCGUUGGAUGCCGUCAAACACAUGCAACCGUCUGCAAAAUAAUUGCAAGAGACACACCAUGUAUUGUUGUAAAUGUGGAGUACCGACUUGCUCCCGAGCACAAAUUUCCUGCAAACGUAGACGAUUCAACGUGUGCACUAAAGUGGGUCGCGGCUAACAAGACAACUAUUGGUGGGAAUUCCAACAGUAAACUUGGAGUGUCUGGUGACAGUGCUGGGGGAAAGUUGUCUGCAAUAGUAUGUCAUGAGGCUAAAAAUAAGGUCGAUUUUGCUGUUCUGAUAUAUCCUAAUGUGAGCAUGUAUUUCAAACACCCUUCAGUAGAAGAGUUUCGCGACGGGCCUAUUGUGUCAAAGGAAGUAUUAGAUUGGUUCGUAGACCAGUAUAUUACUGAAGCAGAUAAAAGCAAUCCAAGAGCCUCUGUGAUAUUGAACAAAGAUUUUUCAUACCUCCCGCCGACACAGAUCAUUGUUGCUGAUCUCGAUCCCCUCCGAGACGGAUGUUACGAGUACUAUGAGAAAUUAAAGGAAGCUGGAGUAAAAGUUGAGCUUAACACAAUAAAAGGUGUACCUCACGCCUUUUGGAGCCUUCCCGUUGCGUACAAAGAGACAUGCGGGGAAGCACAUGCAGCAGCUGUAAAAUUUAUCAAAGAGAACUGUUACAGUAACUAAAGUAUGGAUUUCAGUUUCAAGAGAAAACUAGCAUCUCUAAAAUGGGUGUCAACAUGGCAGCCCAACAAGAAAUAGUAUUAUAUAAAAUUCAUAUUUAUUAAAUUGUAGUCAGUUUCAAUAUUUUGCAUUUUCUGUUGAAUGUGAUCAGAAUGUUUUUUUUUCUUGUUUUCUUUUGUAUGUAAUGAUGUGAGAAUGACAUUUGUUUUGCAGUUAAAAAAAUCUCUGUUUUUUCCGAUUGGUACUUACAAUUGAUGUAAAAUAUGAGAAUAAACUUUGAAACAAAACUAAACAUUAAAAUGAAUGGUUCUGACA